GGGCAUUAGAAUCCAAUUUUGUAGAAUUUUACACUUUUGCAAUUUGUACAAAGAAUUUUGGGGUUUGGUACAUACAUAGAUAUAAUAUACAUACACCAUACAUGCAAUUGAAUUUGCAUUUCGGUUUUCUUUGAUGUGUAUAGGAAUUUUCGUGGUUAAUUCAUCUGUACGCAACUGCUGUGUUUACAUUCAGAACGUGGAAACAGAACUGUUUACGAAGAAUUUUGCUACAUUGAGAUAAUCCUUUUAGGCGUAAUCCAGAAAUGGAAAAUGCACUUGUGUCUCCUCGCGAUCCGCCACAAAGAGAGAUAUCAGCCAGAUGGAAUCCAAUUGCAGCAUGUCGGCCUAUAAUUGAUGAAUCACCUGUGUUUUAUCCUACUAUUGAGGAGUUUGAGGACACACUUGGUUACAUAGCUAAGAUUCGCCCUCAAGCUGAACGUUAUGGCAUAUGUAGGAUUGUCCCUCCAGCUUCUUGGGUUCCACCUUGCCCUCUUAAGGAAAAAGAUUUAUGGGAGAAAGCAAAAUUUCCCACCCGUGUUCAGCAAGUUGACUUGCUUCAAAACAGGGAGCCCAUGAAAAAGAAAGGUAGGGGAAGGAAACGAAAACGUUGCAGGCAGUCAAGGAUGGGCUCAAUGGGGAGAACUGCCAAUUCAAAUUCUGACGAUGAUGAGAAGUUUGGAUUCCAAUCAGGGUCAGACUUCACAUUUAGAGAGUUUCAGCAAUAUGCUAAUCAUUUUAAACAUAGCUAUUUUGGGUUGAAUGAUGCCAAUGAGGAUGGAAGAGUUAGUUAUAAUAAUCACCACAAUAGAUGGGAGCCUUCUGUGGAGGAAAUUGAAGGUGAAUACUGGCGAAUAGUAGAGCAACCAACUGAUGAGGUUGAGGUGUAUUAUGGAGCUGAUUUGGAAACUAGAGCACUUGGAAGUGGGUUUCCUAAGACAUCAUCCUUAACUAGGACUGAUUCAGAUAGGUACGCCCUAUCUGGCUGGAAUCUGAAUAACUUUGCACGACUUCCAGGCUCUGCAUUAUGUUUUGAAGGAGGUGAUAUCUCUGGAGUUCUAGUUCCAUGGCUAUAUGUUGGAAUGUGCUUUUCAUCAUUUUGCUGGCAUGUUGAGGAUCAUCACCUCUAUUCACUUAAUUAUCUGCACUGGGGUGACCCCAAAGUUUGGUAUGGAGUACCUGGAAGCCAUGCUUCAGCUUUGGAAGAUGCAAUGAAAAAGCACUUGCCUGAUUUAUUUCAGGAACAACCACAUUUACUCAAUGAAUUGGUGACUCAGUUAUCUCCUUCAAUUCUUAAAUCCGAGGGCGUGCCUAUCUAUCGCACUGUCCAGCAUUCAGGGGAGUUCGUUAUUACCUUUCCAAGAGCAUACCAUUGUGGCUUCAAUAGUGGCUUUAACUGUGCAGAGGCUGUGAAUGUGGCUCCUUUUGAUUGGUUUGAACAUGGCCAGAUUGCUGCCGAGCUUUAUAGUUUGCAGGGCCGCAAGACAUCGUUGUCUCAUGACAAGUUAUUAUUUGGAUGUGCUCAGGAAGCUGUGCAUGCCCUUGCAGAGCUAACUCUUCAUGGAAAAGAAGAUCUAAAAUAUUUAAAAUGGAGAAGUUAUUGUGGAAAAGAUGGGGUUCUUACCAAGGCAGUUAAGGCAAGGAUAACUAUGGAAAAGGAGAGGCUUGAGUGUCUUCCAACUCAUUUAAAGAUGCUGAAGAUGAAAAAAAAUUUUGAUUCGUCAGAAGAAAGAGAAUGCUUCUCUUGCUUCUAUGACUUGCACCUAUCUGCUGUUGGUUGCAAGUGCACUCCUGACAGUUAUUCUUGUCUCAAACACUCAAAUUUGUUCUGCUCCUGUGAAAUGAACAGAAGAUUUGUUCUGUUUCGUUUUACCAUGUAUGAGCUAAGUACUUUGGUUGAAGCAUUAGAAGGAAAUUCGCAUGCUAUUAAAGUGUGGGCAAAUAAAAACACUAGAAUGGUUUCUGUUACUGCCGAGGAUGCUUGCAUGUAUAGACAAAAUGUGGAGAGAGCUAUGUGCCCAAUAAGGAAUUACGAAGAAGGGCAAAGCUCAACUUUUUAUGCAGGAACUAAUGAGAAUCCAAAUUCAAAUUUACCUACCGGUUCUUACAGCCGUGUUUCUUCAGAGUUAGUUCACUCAGAGUCUCACCAUGAAACUUUUAGGGCACCAUAUGGCACUACAGCGUGUCUUAUGGAUAAUAUAAAUGGAAACAAUGCAGUUGGGGUGGAGCAGGGAGGUUCUGUGGAUUUGAAUAUUGAUGUUAUGUCUGGUGAACCUGAAAAUUCUUCUAUACAUGUUGCUGAUAACCAUCGAAAUGAAGGUGUUCCAUAUGUGGAGAAAGUGUGCUAUGCAGAGACCAGAAAGGAACAAGACAACAGCAUGGAUCCCGUGCCUGGUGGUAUUUCUGCCUCGGAGAAAGGUUUUUCUUCAUGUUCAAGGGAUGUUCGAAAUCCUUGUAGACUUGAUGGCUGUAAAUUGUUUGGGGUGACUAUGAAAAUGCAUUCAGAUUUAGGAGAGCAACUCAACAGUGCAUUUAAAAUGCGAGACGUAGAAACCUCCAAUACAAGUAAAUCUCUGACAAACCAAAGCUUCCUAAGCCAAAAGUUUGGUGUAUCUGUUGAGCCUGUAAGCUUUGGUUCUAUUGUGUAUGGAAAGCUGUGGUGCAGCAAGCAUGCAAUAUAUCCAAAAGGAUUCAAGAGUCGGGUUAAGUUCUUUAGCAUUCUUGAUCCGGCAAGAAUCUGUAACUAUGUUUCUGAAGUCUUGGAUGCUGGAUUUCUUGGGCCUGUUUUCCAGGUUACUAUGGAAGAACUUCCAAGUGAGGUCUUCACAAACCCCUCACCAGAUAAGUGCUGGGAAACAGUUCUUGACAGACUAAAACAUGAAAUUAAGAGGCGAAGUAGUCUAGGUGAACUGGAACUUCCACCCGUGGAACUUAUGCAAAACAUUAACGGUCAUAAAAUGUUUGGAUUCCUUUCACCAUCCAUUAUUCAGGCCAUUGAAGCUCAGGAUCCCAAUCAUCAGAGCAUAGAGUAUUGGAAGCGCAAAGAAAUUGUCUCCGAAUCUUCUGGCAGUGCCAUUGGUGACCGUAAGAUCAGUCAUGGUUCAAGUAACUCUCUAGGCAACAUCAAGACCAAAAUUUUUGGUGUCAGUUUGAAACAGAAGGAGCAAGAUAGCAUCAGAGGAAGUUGUGAUUCUUUUGAAGAGAUGAAACUGAUAUUGCAAGGAUUCUUAAAGAAGGCAAGUCCUGAUGAGCUGAGUGCAAUGCAUAAGUUAUUCAGCUCUGAUGCACAAUUCACUAACUGGAGAUUGGCAUUUGUAACUCUGAUAGAGGAAAUGCAGAAGGCUUGGGCAUGAAGGAAUCUGACUCCAGUUGGUUAUCUAUCCAACAAGUCAUUAGUUAGGUUUGUUCUUUCAGAUAUCAAUUAAACUGAAGAGGAUGCUGGGUGAAAACCAAGAUAAGAUUUUGGUACUUGCCCUGUGUCAAUGACAUUUUAGAGAUGGAUAAUGACAGAGACUCAUUGUAGGUGCUAAUGCCAUUGACCCAUUCCAACUUUCCUUUUGAACUUAUAUUUUACUUUACAAAGUUUUUAGCCUG